CCAUUCUGCAUUACCUCGGGCUUGACAGUGUAUGGAUCAGAAGAUUUGUCAGUUAAGAGGCCCUUGGCUAAGCGCAGCACACAUCACUAGGUUAAGAGGCCCGGCCCUUGUCUAAGCGUAGCACACAUCAUUAGGCUGUCACUCAGUGUGGUUCUAUCAGGGUUGAUGGGUGGAGGAGGAAUUCAUGUCUGUGACAUGUUGUUUUUACUCCAUUGAAUUAACAUGCACUGAAACACAAAGCUCUCAGCCUGAAGGCAGACAAUGAUCAUCCUUAUGAGAUAAUGAUGUGAUUGAAGUACUACUCCUGUACUCCAGGCAUCAAGCAAAGGAAAACAGGCACAUUUACUCUAUGAAGGUUACUUGCCCAUUUUCAGUUGUGAGAGAACAUAAUUUACAUCAAACGGUGUACUGUCAAAUUUCAGUACGAUGCCAUUUGUUAUUUAGGAACAGUAAACCACUGGCCAGUCUUGAGAAGUGGGUGUCUGUCCAACAAGCCGGUUGUCCCUCCAUAAAGAAGGUAAUUUCUUUUAAAGGGUCGCCAGGUCAGGUGGUCUCCAGUACUAUAAUCACUGGAGAAGGUUCUCUGGAACAUGACGGGCCUGGUUGCAGUGUGUCUCUGUGUGAUCCAGUCAAACCUGUGGCUCCGGGGACCUGUGUAGUAAGACUGAUUCACCAAGCACUGGGAGGUUGGUGGUGCUGUUGGCUGAGUGUUGGGGUGUCUCUGCUGGGAGGUUGGUGGUGCUGUUGGAUGAGUGUUGGGGUGUCUCUGCUGGGAGGUUGGUGGUGCUGUUGGAUGAGUGUUGGGGUUUCUCUGCUGGGAGGUUGGUGGUGCUGUUGGCUGAGUGUUGGGGUGUCUCUGCUGGGAGGUUGGUGGUUCUGUUGGAUGAGUGUUGGGGUGUCUCUGCUGGGAGGUUGUUGGCUCAGUGUUGGGGUGUCUCUGCUGGGAGGUUGUUGGUGCUGUUGGCUGAGUGUUGGGGUGUCUCUGCUGGGAGGUUGGUGGUGCUGUUGGCUGAGUGUUGGGGUGUCUCUGCUGGGAGGUUGUUGGUGCUGUUGGCUCAGUGUUGGGGUGUCUCUGCUGGGAGGUUGGUGGUGCUGUUGGCUCAGUGUUGGGGUGUCUCUGCUGGGAGGUUGGUGGUUCUGUUGGCUGAGUGUUGGGGUGUCUCUGCUGGGAGGUUGGUGGUUCUGUUGGCUGAGUGUUGGGGUGUCUCUGCUGGGAGGUUGGUGGUGCUGUUGGAGGAGUGUUGGGGUGUCUCUGCUGGGAGGUUGGUGGUUCUGUUGGCUGAGUGUUGGGGUGUCUCUGCUGGGAGGUUGUUGGCUGAGUGUUGGGGUGUCUCUGCUGGGAGGUUGGUGGUUCUGUUGGCUGAGUGUUGGGGUGUCUCUGCUGGGAGGUUGGUGGUGCUGUUGGCGGAGUGUUGGGGUGUCUCUGCUGGGUGGUUGGUGGUGCUGUUGGCGGAGUGUUGGGGUGUCUCUGCUGGGUGGUUGUAGUUGGCUGAACCGUUGUGUUUUGGCUAGAGUAUCUGAGCUGGGCUGUGGUGGUUGGUUGAACAGUAGAUUCAGUGUUGAAUCUGGGCACAACUGUGGUGGUUGGUUGAACCAUAGCCUGGUUGAAGUAUCUGUUCUGGGUUGUGGUACCAGGACUGGGGCAAGGAAGGUUUGUCAGUGGGGUUGAGGUGGCUGCUGCUUGAUGGGUGAUAAGCGGCCUGGUAAGGUUGAACUCCGUUGCCGUUGUGAGGAAGCCUGGCACAGGCUUGGAGCUGGCAUAGAGCUUCCUAAACUCCAGGUCGAAAGGCUCGACCGCGCUGCCCUUGAAGAGCACAGCCAGGCUUCUGUGGACCUGCCAGGACAGCCAGGUGAAACUGAGGAAUAGAGCACAGUGAAUAAAUAUUACUACUACAAACACGGCUAAAAAUUCAAACAAGCAUCAUAAUUGUAAACAACUGAGGAGUCAUAAUGCAUUGAUCUACCUAUUCAGAAUGACAUCAGCCAUCCUAAUGUUGAUUUACCUAUUCAGAAUGACGUCAGCCAUCAUAAUGUUGAUAUACCUAUUCAGAAUGACAUCAGCCAUCAUAAUGUUGAUUUACCUAUUCAGAAUGACAUCAGCCAUCAUAAUGUUGAUUUACCUAUUCAGAAUGACAUCAGCCAUCAUAAUGUUGAUUUACCUAUUCAGAAUGACAUCAGCCAUCAUAAUGUUGAUUUACCUAGUCAGAAUGACAUCAGCCAUCAUAAUGUUGAUUUACCUAGUCAGAAUGACAUCAGCAAUCAUAAUGUUGAUUUACCUAUUCAGAAUGACAUCAGCCAUCAAUGUUGAUUUACCUAUUCAGAAUGACAUCAACCAUCCUAACAUUGAUUUACCUAUUCAGAAUGACCUCAGACAUCAUAAU